GGCCACACUGUUCGGAACAAAAUGAUAGUCCUGGUUUUCGCCACUUGUUUUCGAUCAUAUUAGACUUGAACCAACGCAAAAGGGAUUUUCUGCCAACUUUAUCGAUAACCGCAACCGACGCCAACUUCAACCUCUUCCUUUUCGCAGGCUCUUUCCGUUCAGCGAAUUCUCUCCCGUGGUCCCGUUUCCUGCGUUUCCAUUCAGCGAAUUCUCGCCCUAAGUUCAUUGCACGCAGUCGGCGUCAGUUCAUAAUCAGAUCUAUUCAAGCUAACACGCAGAAAUCAGCGUUGCGAUGAGUGCUCAGCCAAGCCCACAUAUGAAUCCCCAGCAGCAGCAGCAGCAGCAGACCGAGCAGGAGAAGGUGUACCAAUGGAUCAAUGAGUUGGCCCAUCCGGACACGCGUGAAACCGCUCUGCUCGAGCUAAGCAAGAAGCGCGAAACCGAUCUGGCCCCCAUGCUGUGGAACAGCUUCGGGACCGCUUGCGCCCUGUUGCAGGAGAUCGUUAACAUAUACCCAUCGAUAACGCCUCCAACUUUGACGGCCCACCAGUCGAACCGCGUGUGCAACGCCCUGGCGCUUCUUCAGUGCGUCGCCUCGCACCCGGAGACUCGCACGGCCUUCUUGCAGGCCCAGAUACCGCUCUACUUGUAUCCUUUCCUAUCGACCACGUCCAAGACCAGGCCCUUCGAGUACUUGCGCCUGACCAGUCUGGGCGUCAUUGGUGCUCUGGUCAAGACCGACGAACAAGAGGUUAUCACCUUUCUCUUGACCACCGAGAUCGUGCCCCUCUGUCUGAGCAUCAUGGACAGCGGAUCGGAGCUCAGCAAGACUGUAGCCACUUUCAUCAUCCAGAAGAUAUUGCUCGAUGAGUCGGGUCUGUCGUACAUCUGCCAGACCUACGAACGCUUCUCGCACGUGGCCAUCACCCUGGGCAAAAUGGUCAUCCAGCUGUCGAAGGAUCCAUGCGCCCGGCUGUUGAAGCAUGUGGUGCGCUGCUAUCUCCGUCUCUCGGACAAUACACGCGCUCGCAAGGCCCUGGGACAGUGUCUGCCCGAUCAGCUGCGUGACGGCACCUUCGCGGUGUGCCUGCAAGAGGACAAGUCCACCAAGCAGUGGCUGCAGAUGUUGCUCAAGAACCUGGAGCUCGGCGCCAAUCAGCAGCAGAUGGGCAUGUCGCCACUGGGCUCCUAGGGAGUGGAAGCGACAGCCCCAAACACCAUAUUAAUAUCUAUUCUAACGUCCAACUAUCGAUGAAUAAUCCAAACUGUUAAUUAACUGCUCGAACGAAUAUACAUGCACAUAUACAAUCAUACAUACAUACACAUACAUACAUGCACAUCAUAUACAAUCAUAAUACAUACACAUACAUACAUACACAUACAUAUUUCUUAAGCUUGCACGCGGAUUGCCUGAGUCGACUUAAGCAGAGCUGUAAUAUAAUAACUACUACAUAAACUACAAAUAAAUUCAUGUUAAUACUAUGAUUGUCACUGGCAGCCAAUAAAGACGAAACGAUAUA